GACCCGUAGAGUUCAGUGCUGGACUCUUCUUGUCUUCCACACGUGUUGAAGCCGGAUGCUGAGCAUUAGCUGGUGGUUCUCACGCUGACAAUUCAGCGCCUGCACAGAUACUCUUUCUGCUUCCAUGGCUUCUUCUCAGAAAGAUAAGCCACUUAUACAAACCCCUAGUGUUGGAGAAACCAGGAAAGCAAGUGCUCUUCAGGAGGAGCCUGAGGCUGUGGAGGAAAAUGGGCAUAGUGCCAAGAGAUUUAAACCUGAUAAUGAAGAACAGAGUAAAAAGCCUCCUAAAAGGAAGGUAGUCCUGCUUUUGGCCUAUUCAGGAAAAGGUUACUAUGGAAUGCAGAGGAAUGUUGGAUCUUCCCAAUUCAAAACGAUUGAGGACGAACUUGUCCAGGCGCUUGUUUUGACUGGCUGCAUCCCUGAAAACCAUGCUGAAGAAAUGAAAAAGAUGUCAUUUCAGCGGUGUGCCCGUACAGACAAGGGUGUUUCAGCUGCAGGGCAAGUCGUAUCAUUGAAGAUCUGGUUGAUAGACAACACAGUAGAAAUGAUUAAUCAAAAUCUACCCCCCCAUAUUCGAAUACUGGGCUUGAAAAGGGUAACAGGACGAUUUAACUCCAAGAACACAUGUGAUGCUCGUACAUAUUCCUAUACUCUGCCCACCUUUGCUUUCUCACACAAGGACCAUGAGACACAAGAGGAGAGUUUUCGGCUGAGCCAGGAAACUCUGGAUAAGGUGAAUGAGCUCCUUGCUCUUUAUAAGGGCACCCACAACUUCCACAACUUUACAUCUCAAAAAGGUCCACGGGACCCUAGUGCAAAACGUUACAUUAUGGAAAUGCACUGUGAACCUCCUUUUCAACAAGGAGGCUUGGAGCUAGCUGUGAUCAAAGUAAAAGGGCAGAGCUUUAUGAUGCACCAGAUCCGUAAGAUGAUUGGGUUAGUUAUUGCAGUGGUAAAGGGCUAUGCGCCUGUGUCCAUCAUUGAGAGAAGCUGGGGCGAAGAAAAAGUGGAUAUCCCUAAAGCUCCUGGUCUUGGUCUGGUACUUGAGAAGGUUCAUUUUGAGAAGUACAACCGGCGUUUUGGCAACGAUGGUCUCCAUGAAUCUUUGGACUGGGUGGAAGAAGACGAUAAAAUAGAGUCGUUUAAGAAAGAGCACAUUUACCCCACCAUUAUACAGACAGAAAUACAGGAAAAAUCCAUGUCCACUUGGAUGGCUACCCUUCCUAUCCAUGACUAUGAAGCCUCUUCCUCGCAACAAAACACAGACAUCCACAAGGUUGAAGGUGUAUCACAUGUUGCCAGUGAUGAAGAUGAAGGCUCUGACUGAUCCUGUAAGCAUUAUAAG